AUGAAGCUUCUACUUGUGACUGUCCUGCUCCGUGUCACGGCUGCCACUGCUGCGCAGGUGACGUCAACAGGCAGAACUGUGUCCGUGGGCGACAUUCAUUACUUUGUUCCUCCAUGGUAUGUGGGCAAAGUUGUUACAAGCCCAGCUAUAGAUGCAGACGAUCUUGUUCCAGUCACCGUCGUCAACGUUAACUCGGCCUCGUUUGGUGAAGCUUCUCUCGCUCAAACUCGAAAUGACUUUUUGCAGAAAGACGACGUCAUCCAGGAUGAGUUUUUCAGAGGCAUGUUUUAUAAAAUCAUUACUAUGAAUUAUACUGACCAGCUUCCAGUUGUGUAUUUGGCUGGGGAGACGGCCAAGUCAGCGACAUCGUCGGCACUGAACAACACAAGAAUUAUACCAACGGAUUUCACAAACGCCACCAUACCCGACGGGCCAUACUUUGCAUCCCAAUCCGGAAGACUCUACGCCGCAUACAGGCUGUACGCAGACCUCGCCGGCGCCUUCAGCGAGACCAGCAUCACCGCGCCCGACGGCUCGCACGCCGUCCUGCCCGCCAACCUGCCGGGCCAGUCCCUCGCCGUCGCCGUCCCGUCCCGCCUGUCCUUCCCCAAGACGCCGGCCAAGCCGCUCGCCGGCGUGCGUCUCGGCAUCAAGGACAUUUACGACGUGGCCGGCCUCCGGACCUCCAACGGCAACCGCGCGUGGUACCGGUUGUACCCGGCGGCCACGCGGACGGCCGGCGCCGUGCGGCGGCUCGUCGACGCCGGCGCCGUCGUCGUCGGCAAGAUGAAGACGAGCCAGUUCGCCAACGGCCAGACGGCGACGGCAGACUGGAUCGACUACCUGGCCCCGUUCAACCCGCGCGGCGACGGGUACCUCGACCCGUCGUCCUCGUCAGCGGGUCCGGCGGCCGGAGUAGCUUCGUAUCCGUGGCUAGAUGUCGCUCUGGGAUCGGACACGGGAGGCAGCAUCCGCAGCCCCAGCCAGUUCCAAGGCAUCUACGGAAACCGCCCGAUUGAGCUGGACAACACGAUGCCGCUGUCCCCAACCUUUGACACCGCCGGUCUCCUGGCCCGGGACCCCAUCCUCUGGGGCGACGCCGCCACCGUCCUCUACCGGCCUAACAUCACCACUUCCGCCUCCUCCUCCUUCCCUAACCGCAUCCUCGCCGCCGGCUUCCCCACCGGUACCGCUCCCGCGGACAAGCUCGACGCGAUGCUCCUCUCCUUUCUGCGCGACGUGGCCGACCUACUCUCCGCCCCCGUCACCGUCUUCAACCUGACCGAGCGGUGGGCCGCCGCGCACCCGGGCACCGCCCCGCUCCUCGCCGUCGUCAACAGCACGUACGAGGUGCUCUCCGCCAAGGAGCAGGCCGCGCUGGUCCGCGACCCGUUCUACGCCGACUACGCGGCGCACCACGACGGCCGACGGCCGCACGUGAACCCCGCGCCGCUGCGCCGCUGGGCGCUUGGCGACGCCGCCGGCGACGGUGCGCUGCGGGACUCUGUGGCCAACAAGACGCGCUUCAUGGACUGGUUCAACGGCGAGGUGCUCAGACGCGACGACGACGACGACGGAGGCUGCUCGAGCGACUUGUUCGUGUACGUGCCGCGGACGCCGGCGCCCAAGUACAGGGACACGUACUGGACGGGGCCGCAGGCGCCCGGCGCGUUCUCGACGAGCAGGAUCUCCGUCAUGGCCGAGGUUCCCGACGUGGUCAUUCCGAUUGGCGAGAUCGAGUACGAGUCCAGGGUGACGAACCAUACCGAGUACCUGCCCGUGACGGUGGACUUGAUGGCGGCGAAGGGUUGCGACGGGAUGCUAUUCUCGCUCGUUGGAAAGAUGUACGUGGUGGGGAUGAUCUCCGAGGUCAAGACUGGGAGGAGUCUGGUCCAUGGUGGUGAUGUACUGUAUUGA